AUGAGGAAUCGCACGGUGGUGACAGAGUUUGUCCUGCUGGGCAUCCCGCACACAGAGGACCUGCAGACCCUGCUCUUCGCCCUGUUCUUGUCCUUCUACAUCUUCACACUCAUGGGGAAUCUGGUCAUCCUCCUGGCCAUCGUCUCCUCCCCGCGCCUCCACACGCCCAUGUACUUCUUCCUGUGCAAACUGUCCGUCUUCGACAUCUUCUUCCCCUCGGUGAGCUCCCCCAAGAUGCUCUUCUACCUGUCGGGGAACAGCCGCUCCAUCUCCUACGCGGGCUGCGUGUGCCAGCUCUUCUUCUACCACUUCCUGGGCUGCACCGAGUGUUUCCUGUACACGGUCAUGGCCUACGACCGCUUCGUGGCCAUCUGCUACCCGCUGCGCUACUCGGUCAUCAUGAGCCACAGGGCGUGCGCCGUGCUGGCCCUGGGCACCUCCCUGUUCGGCUGCGUCCAGGCCAUCUUCCUCACGGCGCUCACCUUCCAGCUGCCCUACUGCGGCCCCAACGAGGUGGACUACUACUUCUGCGACAUCCCCGUGAUGCUGAAGCUGGCCUGUGCAGACACGGCAACGCUGGAGAUGGUGGGUUUCAUCGCCGUGGGCCUCAUGCCACUCAGCUGCUUCCUCCUCAUCCUCACCUCCUACAGCCACAUUGUCUACUCCAUCCUCCAGAUCCGUUCUGCGGAGGGACGCCGCCGCGCUUUCUCCACCUGCAGCGCCCACCUCACGGCCAUCCUGCUCUUCUACGUGCCCGUGGUCCUCAUCUACCUUCAGCCCACCCCUAAUCCCUGGCUUAAUGCCACUGUUCAGGUUCUGAAUAACCUGGUGACCCCCAUGCUGAACCCCCUCAUCUACAGCCUCCGGAAUAAGGAGGUGAAAUCAUCUCUGAGGAAAGUGCUGCAGCGGGUGGGCGUCCUUCCUGAGCAGGUGUAG